CUGCCUUGCACCACGGAGCUCCCACUCAUACCUGGCCCGGUAUAAAACCCCGGCCCGCCGCAGCCCGGGCACACCCGGGCCAGCCCGAGCUGCAGCUCCCCCCGGAUCCGCGGCACAGGAGAGACCCCCGAGACACCGGAGAGACCCCGAGAGACCCCGAGAGACCCCAGGAGGGACCCCCGAGGAGCAGCGAGCAGCAGGAUGGGCCAGUGCAACUGCCGCAAGAAGAGAAAGGACUGCCAGGAGCUGACGGACGUGGAGCGCGCCAUCGAGACCGUGAUCAGCCAGUUCCACUGCUACGCCGUGAAGGGCCAGAAGGAGUACCUGACCCCCAACGAGAUGCAGGAGCUGCUGGUGCAGAAGCUGCCGCACCUGGGCAAGUGCGUGGGACCCCUGGAGGAGAAGAUCGAGUGCAUGGGAGACCCCAACGAGGCCAAGCUGGAGUUCGGGGAGUACUGGGACAUGAUGGGCGACGCGGCCAAGGGCUGCCGGAGGAAGUAGAGGGCGAUGGCGGGGACGGGGAGGCCCCCGAGGUGCCGCUCCUGGAGCUCCUGAGGCCGCCGAGCUCGGGGGGGACAAAGCGAGCUCGGAGGGUCCCCCCUGCCCUUCCAUCCCUGCCCUCCUCAGGUCUCCUUCCAGCCCCCAGCUCUGCCCGGUGUGGGGGUACCGGGGGGUCCUGGGUGCUCUGCCUCCAUCCCCCGGGACCCUCCGGGUUCGGUUCCCCCGGGACCCUCCGGGUUCGGUUCCCCCCGGUCCCGGAGCUCCGGAGCGAUCGGGACUCGGCUCCUUCCCCCUGAUUCCCCCGGGAUUUUGGGGCUCG